AUAACCAUAUUUAUGGAAGGGAGGAAAGUUUUAGUUCUUUAUUGUUAUUUCUUUCAAAUGCUUACCCGAAAGUCUUACUCUAGUUUGAGUUGUGAGCUUGUAACUAUUGUAAACAAUGAUCAUAUUGUAUAACUUCCCAUAGUGAUAUUUGGUAAACCCCGACUCUACUACAAAACGAUUCUGUUUUGUCAAAGCAUUUUGCUUAAUUAUAGCCGGUUAAGAUGGAAAAAAAAAUUCAACCAUUUGUUACUGAGAGUGCGGUUCAUAAUGAAAGGGUGGUAUCAUUCAUUCGAAACAUGACACUAAGUGUCUUUGGUUGUUCUGCUGGAAUUUUAGGGAUAACGUCCUACCAUGGUAUUUUGUUUUAUCUCUUUAGCUAUUUAUUCGUCUCGUUUCUCAUUUAUACAAUGAAGAUGGGAGGUAAUGUUCGUGAGUUUUAUCAACCAGGUCUUAAAUUUUGGUACGCAAAAGUAAUCGAAGGCGCCCCUUCGUUUGUGCUUUUCUGGACUCUUUUUUACAGUCUCGUUUAUGUUUAUGAAUAGUUCAUCUUGAAUAAAUAAGUAUACACAUUUUUAUGAUGAGCUUGUUGGAUACUUUCCAUCCAUAAUUCAUCAGACAUAUAUUAUGGUCUUUGGGAUUGAUCCUAAGCAAGACUCCCCCAUCUUUUGUUAAUAUAUCAGAAUGUUACCAAUGUGUGAUGAAUUUUACUUGCAUACUCAAUAAAUCGUCGUUCAAAUAAAUGUACCUGUACAUUUAUUACGGGACAGGUAUAUGAUUAGCUUUUACUAGUAAUAAAAUUCUGAAAGAAUUGUACGUGUCUCAUAUUAUGGAUCAUAAGUUCUAUAAUUAACGUUAUUUUUAUUUUCAAUUCACCCAAACACUAUUUCAUCUCUAUUCUUGCUUAUAAAAUAAUCCCUAA